CGGUUAUAACUUUGCUUACGUUAACUGUAAAUCUUAGGUGUUGUGAAUUUGUAAUAUAAGGUAUAACACAUCGCACUGAAUAUGUUGUGUGUAUGUUUAAGUGAGAAGGCAUGAGAUUAACAUAACAACCAGUAAUUUGGUGAAGCUGUACUAGGUAAAUGUGAAAUGUUACUGACAUUGUCUUGUAAAGUUGUGUAUUUCUCUGUGAGAUAUCACGUAAUGUUUUCUUGUUGCAUGCGGUUAUAGUAUCAAAUAUACUCCAGGGACAGGUAGUAGUGAGAGGUAGAUGCUUCAGGUCAAUGAGAAAGAGCGAGGAGCCUCACAAACUGGAGAUAUCACUGGAUGCAGAAAGUGCCAACCUGAAAGCUUUCUCCUGCAGUUGUGCGGCUGGUAAAGGAUUCUGCAAUCACAUAGUUGCCAUCCUGUACCAGACCGCACAUUAUUCACAGCUGGGUCUGCAGGCUGUUCCACCCCCCCUGGCCUGCACAAGUGGCUUGCAAAGAUGGCACAGACCAAGAACACAGGGAAUCCAUCCUGAACCGGUUAGUGAGCUGGUGGUGCAAAAGCCCAAAACAGUUGGCAAGGACGGUCUGAGGUCCACACUGUACAAGGCCUAUACAGGACCACUGCCAGAUCCAUAUAUGAUGGCAUCUGGAAGCAAAUUAAGCCAGGUGCAGCCCCAACCUCUCAUGGCUGUUGUAUUGGAUGGGGUUUCUGAGAUGGAGCUGACGCCAUCUAAAUUUGGGUCUGUCCCUCGUGGAUCCCCCAUGUCCUAUCACUGUCCACCCAAGAAGUCCAGUGACCUCCUCCUACACCACAUGGCUCCAGAAUUUCCAUCCCUACCUGUGAUGCAGCACACUUUUCCCAGGUUGCAUUUCGUCCCGACCUUGCAUCAGUUAAUGCAUCUCCAGUCUCUUGAAGUGUCACCGCAGCUGUCCUGCGAGAUAGCAAAAGAAACUCAGCAGCAAUCCAAAUGUCCUGCGUGGACACAGCUACGGCAACCAAGGCUGACUGCUAGUCGUUUUUGGGAUGCUUGUUGUAGUAGGGCGUGUCGUGCAGAGCUGGAGUCUGCAGCUAUUCAGAUGAUCAGAGGCUCCACAAAGCAAACAGCUGCAAUGAAGCGUGGUCUACUAGUGGAGCCUGAAGUGCUGGCAAACUAUGCUGAACUGUUGCGAGUUAAUGUGUUACCAGCCGGGUUCGUCAUUCACCCUGACGCACCACAUCUCGGGGCCAGUCCAGACGGUCGGGUGUAUGACCCUUCAGAGUCGCCUCCUUUUGGCCUGGUUGAGGUGAAGAGCAGCACAAAAACUGAUCCAUCUCAGGUUGCUCACCUCAAGGUGCAGGAAGGCCACACCAGUCUGAGGCGUUCACAUAAGUACUACUGGCAGGUUCAGGGCCAACUGGCAAUCACAGGACUGACAUGGUGUGACUUUGUUACCGAUACCCUAUCAACUUUAACUGUGGAAAGAAUUUGGCGUGAUGACUCAUUCAUAGCGGAAAUGAAAGAGAAAUUGGAUAUAUAUUAUUAUGGCACAUACAUGAAUGCAUACCUUGAAUUACACUAAUCUUGUCUUUACCAAUCAGUUUAGCCUUCUGUCUUACUGUUGAUAAUCUGUAAUGUUAUUUUUUAUUGUAAAUGUUUGAUGUUAUUUGAGUUGUUAUUAAUCAGUUGAUGUUACGCAUACCAAAAAAUUAAAUGAUGCACAAUUUUGACCAAAAUUGUUGUAUUUGUUCAUCGAAUUUUUUAGUGAAAUCAAAGUCACAUUUCAACAGAAAAAUAUUAAGAAUAUAACAAUUAUUUAAUUUGAUUUUUAAGAAUAUGUGGGAACACUAAAUUAUUUACAUACUAUUUACACAUUAUACAUUAUUUACAUACCAAACAUUAAUUCACUCUUCAAAACAAAAAGGUCCUUGAUAAUUUGCCAAAACACAGCAGUUAAGCCAGAUCUGAUUCACACUGCCAAUCAGUGUGAGCGGCACGGGAGAGUCCCAGAUGUGAAAGGACUUUAUCCUACCGAUCACUCUUUCUACUAUAAUUCUGAGGCGGGCAAUGGCUUGGGUUUGUUCCGUUUCCUCCUUGCUGAAUUGAGCUGAACGCUUAAAAGGUGGAAUGAUGAGCUUAGAUUCAACGUCAGCAAGGAGGUCUUGAAUGAGGAACCCUUUGUCCGCCAUGACAUCGUCUCCUGGCUCCAGCAAGGGAAGGACUCCACUGAUCCUGGUGAUCUCCUUAUCUGAGAUGCACCCAGUGUACAGGGGUGAGAUGAAUGUCACCAAACCAUUGGGAGCAACUCCAAUUAGCCCUUUCAAUGUCGUCCUGUUUUUGUAACUUGAAAAUGUUUCUGACUGUAAGGUCAGGGAUGAGGCUGUCUCCAGGGCAAUUUCUG